AUGAUAGGAACUAAGAAUGAAGUAAACAAUAAUGAUAAUCACAAAAGAAAGUUCCUUGAAGAGAAUAAAAACCAUUUCCACCAUAAAUAUAAUAGAGCAAAUAAAAGGAACAGCAUUGGAAAUAAUGGAAAGACAAAGGGAGGAGAUGUAGAAGGAGGAGGCGAGCGAGGAACCGCGUUCAACAAAGGAAAUAGCAAAUACAUAUUUGAAGGAAGUGUGAAAAUAAAAAACAAAAGUAACCACAUUUUUUACAACAAGGCCCAGGUGUUUAAUCGUGACAUGAGCAUUAUUUUAAUAAAAGCGUUAGAAAUAUAUUUAAAAAAUAAAAAUAAGGAUAACGGAAAAAUCCUGUUCAGAGGAUUUAACGUCGUCGAGUUGUUAAGUGCAAGCGGAAUAAGAAGCAUAAGGUAUGCAAAGGAAUUACGAGAAACCAUAAAUCAUAUUAUCACAAAUGAUAUUGACAAAUAUGCAUGUAAGCAAAUAAGGAGAAAUUUUAAAAGAAAUCAAAUUAAUAAGGACAAAUAUACAAUUUUAUGUAAUGAUGCAAAUAGUGUUAUGAACAUUCUUAAUGUGGACAAUAUUUAUUCGAAAAAGAGAAACAUGAAAAAAUUAGACGUUGGUUUUACCUACGUCAAUAACAUCACGGAUUAUAACGACUACUUCAAGGAAGCUUUGAAGUUUUUAAAAUAUAUAACGAAUUACAAUAGAGGCAGAGGCAACAACGAGAUUAAGGAAGACAUGAAUAUUAAUAACGCCCCGCAUCAUAAUAAUAGUAAUAAACAUAGUAAGAACGGUAAGAGUAAGGUGGACAUGAAAAAUAAGUCUAUUGAGGAUCACAAUGAUUUCGAGGACAGUGACUCCACUGCUUUCUCGAGCAGUGAGGAGGCCUUCACCAAAAUUGAUAUGCUGGACGAGGAGCGCGACGAAACGGUGUACGCGGAAAGGUCAAAUGGGCCAGAAGGAGGAAGUGGGCCCUUGAAGGGGGAAGUAAAGGGUGAAGUAAGCAGUUCACUAAACGGUUCCGUAAAUGGUGCACUAAACGGUGCAGCAGACCACAGAGAGACGAACCCAUUCGUGGCCACGAAAAACGCGGACGAGAAAACCCCCCUAAGCGAAAACAUGAUGGAUGAAAUUAUUCAAAAGAGCAAACUCACGGAAAAGUACAUGUUCGAUAUAAUCGACAUAGACCCAUACGGAUCCUCCAUAGAAUAUUUGGAAAGCUGCCUAAAAUAUGGAAGAAGCAAUUUCUUCAUAUUAAUAACCAAUACAGACAUGAGAGUAUUGAAUGGAAAAUUCCCAGAUGUUUCUUUUUACAAAUAUAACAGCAUGAUAUUUAGCAAAAGAGUUCAUUACAAUAAAGAGUAUAGCAUAAGAGUUUUGUUUUACAAAAUAAAAACGAUCGCCUCCAAGUAUAAGAAGUGUGUUAUUCCAUUUUCUUCUCUUAACAUUGAUUUUUACAUUCGCAUAUUAGUACAAGUCAUAGAUGAUACCUUACAGACAAAGGACCUCUGCACCGAUACUGGGAUGGUUUAUCAGUGCAACAAUUGUUCUAGCUUCCAUAUCAACCCCUUGGCAUUGAAAAAGGAUAGGAAUAUACAAGUAGGGGAUAAUAAGAGGUACUGCAAGAGGGGGAAACAGAACAAGCAUAAGGAUGGAGCAUUUGUAAACACCGAGGAGGAGGAGGACAUCGACGAGAACAAGGAAAAGGAGGAUGUCCACAAUGCAGAACAUAUUCCACAUGCACAGUUAGACCAUUUGCAUGAUGAUAAUAAGCAUACUUAUGAGAAGGAAAAAGUCAUAGGUGGAGACUUUGCGAACGAAGCGACUGAUGGGGACACCGUCGAUAAUGUGGAGGAGAGGGUUAAUACGGUUCAUAAGGGAUCAUUUGAUAACGUGGUUGAGAAUGAAGACAAUUUCGAACGACCGACCAAUGGCGAAGAUGCUGGCAAUUUGGAAAAUACUGUGCAUAGCGAGCACACACAAAAUGCGGGAGAUGUGGCUGGCGACGGGCCUGAUAACGCCGCUGCUGAUGUGAGGACUGGGGGGCCAUCUUGCACGGGCCGACCAGCGCACAGCAAUCCCGGCAUAGGGAAUAAAUACAAAAGCGGAAAAUUGACCAUUUCCAACAAGUGUGUAGAGUGCGGAGGAGAUAUGCUGAUAGGUGGCCCCAUCUACAUCGGCAAGUUGCACAAUGUGGAAUUUAUCCACACGUGUAUAUCGUUACUGGAAAAUUUACAAGACUACAAUUUAAACACCAUUACGUCGAGGGAUAGAAUAUUAAUAAAUUUUAGGUGCCUAAAACAGGAAAUAAAUAUUCCAUUGUAUUAUAAUUUGCCAGACUUAUUUAGAAAUUUUAGACUGUGCUCCAUCUCUAGAAAGCUGUUCGUGAAUGCCUUGCUAAAUUUGAAUUAUGAAGUUUCAUAUUUUCACAAGGACCCAGAUAGCGUCAAGACAAAUGCUCCUAACGAUGUCUUUAUGGACAUUUUUCGUGCCAUUAUUUAUAAAGUAAAUUCGAAAAAGAGAAUUCCUGAUGCAGUGGAAGCGAAGAAGGAAGAAUUGAAUGCUCUGAGCAAUCAGAAAAACGAAACCACCGAAGAGAGUCCUAAAAAAGUAUAUUCCAUAAAGACCAUAAAGGAUGAAAAGUUGAGGGAAAAAUUAUUGUCGUAUGAAUUUUUUAAAAAGAAUUCCACCAUUGACAAUAUAGAUAUUUCUGUUAGUAAUAAAGAAAAUACUGAUCAUGUGAAAUUGUUCACCUUGCUGAACCCCGAGCCUUAUUGGGGCCCCAUGAAGAAGCACUUUGAGAAGAACUGA